GGCAACAUGGCGGCACAUGAGUGAGCUGUCAAAAUGAUGUUGCCAAAACACUGAAUUUCUCCUUAACCACUGAUUGAAUCUCACAAUGGAAGACAUGUAGUAUUUGUAAAAUAAUUGAGUUCGGUUACUUUGAUGAAGAAUGGCUGGUCGUAUGUAUGGACGUCUCCCCCGCCUUCAGACCAUCGGCAAGGGACAAUCAGUUGACAGUGAUGAACCACCCGACACAGGAGACAGUGACAACUUCGACAGCACAGACACAGCCUCUGACAAUGAUGACAUCAUCGUCGCGUCUAGGCAGUCGUCCGCUCGGCAGCAGCUCUGCUUAUGUUUCGAGCCAGAAGAUGCCUGUGAUGCAGCCAAAACGCUUGGAAAAAGCUUUCGCGUUUUGAACCCAAAGGCACAUGUUUGCAUGCGGAAUCGCACCUAUGGUGCAAGUUUCACUCAUUGCCAAAGAAGUAUCAGCUUGAGUAAGAGUUAUUCCCAAUUGCGGAAGUUGCUUGAGGGGAGGGCUAGAGUACAGCUGGUCCGAGACUACACCAGUCGAAUUCAUGCGCUCUCUCUGUUUGUGGAUGAAGUGGAAGGUUUGGUCAGUCAGGAGUACACAACAUGGCAUGCAAUAGUUCACAAUGAUCAAGAGGCUGAUCCACCGUCGACAAAUCUGGAAUACUUAAGCUGUAUAUGUGAGGAUUUACGUGUUCAUAUAUACCAUUGGAAUUCUGUGAAACAGCGUAUACACACUGAACGGUGGUUGAGCGCCCAUUUACCAAGUCUGUGCCACGAGUUAGAUUUUGUUCGCGUGACUUUGACGAAAUUGCGUGACAAGGCUCUUUGGUUGAUUGACAAAUUGAUACGCAUUGGCUUGCAAGUGUUUGCGCAUCUAGAUCAAGACUCGAUAUCGCAUGAGUGCUUGUGGAGUAUAACGCGAGGGAUUGAGGAAUUCAACUCCAUCAUAUCUUUUAUACGUUCCACACAUGUCACGUGCCCCUACGAGACAUUCAGCCGUCUAGAUUUCUUGCGCGGCCGCCACCGUUUUCCGACCUCUGUGACGAAACAGAACUGGCACCCCUUCCAUAGUAAUAACCUUGGCGUACGCUUGGAAAGUGUGAAAGCUGUGCCAUUUACUCGCAUUCUCAAUACUAUUGCAAACGAACGUUCCAAAUAUGCAGCGACACUGACCCGUGAUUUCUUCACCAUGAGUGAAGAACUUCUGAACAAGCUAAAAGUCUGGAAAAUCCAGGAGUACCCAUGGGCCGGUUUCAUUGGUGAAGAAAUGAACCGGUCGAAUCUACAUGGCAAAUCGGAUACGAGUGAUUACCACAGUGCUACGGGUAGCCAAGCUAGUCUGAGCAGUUCCCUCUUAAAAGUGGGUAGCACUGAAGCCCCUAAUCUUUCAACCUCACACUCUUCUCCUCUCUUGCACUUCAUGCAACGCGAGCAUGACUUUGCCGUUGGAUUUUUAUCCGCCGUCUGUCAGUGUACGAAUCUCCUUCGAAGGAGUGCAAGCAAAGGAUCAGAACAUUCGCCGAAGAAAAAACCACACCUGCGUAGCGGAGGGAGCGAUCCAACUGUAAAUAAUCAAAAGGACCCGUCGAAAAGGAAAUCAGUUUCUUGGGGUGACACUGCAGACACGAAUGUCAAGGCACAGUUGUUGAAUCGCUACAUGGACACGUUGUGGCAAUGUUUCAGUAACUUUCUGUUCGAUUUCUUCUUCCAUCACACAUGGGGCGAUGGGAAUAUGGGAGAGCAGCAGGUCGGCCACAUCCACCAGUGUCCGUCUACGGUCAUCCUCAUGGUCGUGCAGAUGAUGAAGCAGACGUCAGUCAAAGAUUUGUUCCCACCUGGUGCUGUUCCGUCGAUUUUGAUGGUGACAAGGAAGCUACAGGGUCAUGCUGCCAUAGCAUCUUGGGAUACAAUGAUAUGCACAGCACUGGCAUCAGGUGCUGUUGACAAGUGCUACCCUAUUCCUCUGAUCCACAACGAGUAUUGUACAAGAACGGGUAAAGAACUACGGGACUGCUACCAACCCCUGACUAGCGUGCUUAGCAUGGUGCAACAGAGCCCCAGUGAUAGGACCACGCUAAAAAAUUCUGGUCCGAACAGUUUGAUGAUGAUGCAAUUGGUUCAGCUACCACUUCUGCAUGCGGCGAUGCUGCGGCUGAUUACCACCACCCAGCUGGUUCUAAAUUGGUGUACGACCAAAUCGUAUCAGUUCAUGGCGGCCCGGUCGGCGGGAUCUUUUCUUUUGAUUAUACAGAGUGAUGCAAAGCUUCUUGCCGAUGAGAUCACAAAAGCCCUACAGAUGUCACAACCUCUGUGCGAGCCCCACAGCAAGACUGCCCUCCUUCCCGACACCAACUUCCAGGCUGAUCUACUCCGGCUUUUGCAACAGCUCAAUAAUAAAAAUGGACAGUUGCAGACCCUGUCUGGCCAAGCCAUGAAAUCGUUUGGCGAAGAUGUUUACAGGAUGUCGCUGGAAUUCUUCGAGGAGUGUAUGCCCACUGGGAAACUCUGGAAACAAAAGGCUAAUCAAAUCGCAUUAUUGUCGGAGACAGAUUUUCCCUCCGAAGUCAACCCAUAUGUCCAACAGGCCUUGGACAGAAUCCUUGAGCCUGUCGUGGAUGGUGUUAGCAAGUUAAAGACCACUGCCCAGCUCGGUGCAAUAUCCAUGGCCGUCACAAAGAUGUGCGAAGCGUGGACAUCUUUCAUCCUCAAGGAGAAAAUCAAAUUCAGUUUGUAUGGUGCCUAUCAACUCCAAGUUGACUUCGAACAUGUACGCAUCUGGUUGGAUGCCUACCUGGAGAAUGAGGAGGUCAAACAGAGCAUCCUGGCGCUGGAUAUUCUCAAAUACUUGAAUGGUGCUGUUCUACUACUCAAGAGACAGCCACCGAGGAAUGCUGGCAAGGGGAAGGAAUCGCGCACUGAUGAACGAAGUGUCGAGUACAGCACUAAUGCUACGGAACAAACAAGUGGAAGUACAGAGAGCGGAUCGCAGUCUGGUUCAGCCCAGCUGAGCAUCAGCAGUGAUGGAAGUGGUCAGAAGAAUGAUCUAGAACUGGAUGAUUACACCAUGCCCAACACUGAAGACUGGCUCGCUCUGCGUGUCCACGGUGGCUCAAGGAACUGGAAAUUCUCAUCGUGUUUCAAUCCGUAGACGUUGUUCUCAGCAUGCAAUGUUCAUGUGCUAGAAACUUGUGGUGCCUGAGGCCUUGCUGUAUUCUGUCCUACAUUUGCCUACAUUACUGUUGUAUUCACUGAUUAUAAUAUGUAAACUUCCUUCUUCUAAAGUAGAGUAGGCUUCAUAAUGUGUUCAUAAUCUGUUACAUCAUUCCUGUGUGUAGAAAAAAAAGGGGUGUUAGGAGAUUUUCAGAGAUUUUCCUUUACACCAGUGUGGCCUCUGGGCUCUGGGUGAGGUAUCUGCCUUGUGCGAGUUGAAUUGAAUACAGUGUGGCUUAAAUGGAAGCUACAGAAUCUUCAGAAUACUGUUAACUCGACAGUUUUCAUGUGCCUUUCAAGUUUACGCACACACACCUUGAAUGAGGUAGAACUAAGGUCGCUUAAGCGUGACACAAAAGAUCAACUUAAAUCACAAUCAUAUUUGUAAACGAGCUAUUUUUUGGCAAAUCACUACUUCAGAGCCUAAAGGAAGGUGAGCUUUCAUAAACCACGAUCAGAUGAACCAAUGUGAAAGCUGUACGUAUAAAAAAACAAAGUUACGAGGAGCAAAUAGUCUGUUUAGGGUAAACAGUGUUCUGUAUAGUUGUUGUCAAACUGUCAUAGUCAAACAGACCAAGUUGAUUUGAGAAGAGGAGCUUGAAGCUUGAAUUCGUUGUUGUAAUUUCAGGCACGAGAUGUGGUUAAAGGAAUUGAUACCUCACUGUCGGUAUUGAUUGCCUCACCAAAACCGCUAGGGUGGAGCUGAAAUGUUGACCAAAACCUCGGCAGAUGUAAUAUAAUUCUAUUCUUGUGCGGGAUCUGAAAGCGGAUUACGGUUUGGGGUUCAUGCUCAUGGUUCACUCCCAGUUAAUUUGUGAGAUUACGGCUCAAAGCAUGCUACGGGUUUCUUACUUGUAUCAAUUGACCAUUAUUUGUGUUGAAUAAUCCCAGGAAAAAUCAUAAUUUGUGGUAUAAACUUGUAAUAUUUCAAAAGUAGAUUAGAGUGUGUUCGUGCGAGUAUUUAUAGUUGUUGUUGUGAUACGAUGUAAUGUUGAUGCAUUUACCAUGGUGCUUCCCAAAAGCGCCCUGCAAAUGAGCUAUUUGAGUCGCAGCGACCAUGGCGACAUGGCGAUUGUGGUUGGUAUGCGGCCGCCGAUUGGAUAAAUUUCAAUCACCCGUCAUCUUGUCAAGACCCCGUUCCAGGUCGCAGUGAUUCAAUUGUUCGUUUGCGCCGCGCUUAAAGCACGAUAGCUCAAAAUAUAUUGAUGGGUUUUCCUGAGUUUUAUGUGAUAUGGUCUUACCAUGAGUAUCCACGAAUGACACAUGUAUCCUGUUGCGAAGAUCAAACAUUUUUAGUCACCUCAAUGUAGUCGUUGAAGUUUUCAGUAGAAAUAUUUGGUGUAAUGUAUAAAAGAUGAUGAGUUUCAUUGCUAAACGAGAUAUGUAUAUUUUGGCCAUUUUGAGAAAAAUCACGUGGAAAAUUUGGAAAUUUAUUGAAAAUGCAUUGGCAAAAUCCAGACAAAUUUGUAUGCAUGCAUAGCGUAAAAAUCAAACUAGGUAAAGUGUAUACACAUGUACAGCUUCAACUGCACAUAACCACUUAGCACUAAGCAAUUCAUGACGGAUGUUGUAUUCUUUUAUCGACAUCAAAACAAUAAUUAUGACAAUGUGAUGUCUAGUCAUUGUGGUGUAUGUACAUGCUAGUACCUUGUGCAGAUAUUAGCCUCUGUGUACAGCUACAUUGUGUAAUAAACCUGUGUUAAAAUGGCAAUUUUAUAAUCUUAUGUACAUAAGUGAUGUGUAUACGUGUACAUAAGGUGUAAAUCUAACUUAUAAAUGACGAACGUGUUUGUGGUAAACCUACAUGUAUUGAAAGUAUAUUGUACUGGCGUUGUAUCACCCUGUAUACCAUAGCCAAGUAAUUUGUGCAGUUAUUCAAAAUAAAUAGCGUGAUUUUUAUAUUGCACUCUAUAUAGUUUUGAUGCACCUUUAAUAGUAUUGUAUAUGCCUUCUUGAAGUCACAUAUGUAGGUGACAGGGGAUGUAUAGUGUACUGUAAUGUGUUCACCUGUGUUGUACAUUUGUAGAGCAUCUUUUCUCUUCUCCGAGACACCAGAUUCUGAAGGGGCUAGGCAGGGUUUGGGUAAGUGGGCACGGCCUGGUACUGCUGGCCUCAGGGUUCAGUUACGACAGCGUCAAUAUCAAACAAGUGGGUCUUGAUCCCACACUCAUACUGGUGACACUAGUCGUAGUUCCACCUAUCAUAAAACCCCGUGUUUUUUCAAGACCCGUGUCUUCGCCGUGUGUCAAAAAACCCGGGGCGCACUUACACCUAUCAGUGGUGUUAGAUAAUGGUUAAUAGCCCCGGCGACAGGUGCGCUGUAGGUAGGGAGCUCUCCUGUGUUUCUUUCCCGUUGGAGGAGAAUUUCACGUGCGCAAUACUGAGGCAACUACACCGCGCCAUCUGUCGCCGGGUCUUAGAACUUGCAAUUGCCGGGGCUAUUCAGAUUCCACCUAUCAAAAAGCCCGUGUUGAUCACGGGUCUAAAUUAGCCCCCGAUUAGCCCCAUCGAGCUCGAUGGGGCUAAUAGACACGGGGAUUUGACACACGGGUCUAUUUAGACACGGCAAUUCAGGUGUAAGCGCAAAAGACACGGGGAUUUGAUAGGUGGAAGUACGACUAAUGCCUUGUUUUUUUGAUGGGACAUUUUUCGCCUGGCUAGGGAAAUGGGGAAUAUCCCGUGAAAAAGGCUGCAGUGCCUCUCUUGUUUGGAAUCAAAAUGGGUUCAUCAUGCGACGUCUCAAUUAUUCAUGUGACGUCACACUGUCACCUUGGCGUCAAAAUCGCAGUUCAAUACACCACCAAGGUGAUUAAGUCAGAGUUUACUGAUGUGACAGUUACGACAUCAGAUAGCAGAGGGACCCAUUAGCAACUUGGUGAAUGUUGCUCUGGCCCAUCGGAAAUGUGGUCCAGAUUCUUCAGGGUACCAAUUGGGGAAAAGGUAUGAUUAUAUUUGUGUGAGUAAAUCAUUUUUGAAGUGUUCUCUAGCUUUUAUCGCCAGUGCCAAAAACACAGUGAUGUAUUGUUGAAUCGUAAAAUUUAUACCGGUCACAUUUUAUGGAGUUUGGAAAAUUUAAAGUAAUGUUCACACAGUUGUCAUUGAGACCUGAAAUUAUUUUUUAUGUACAUGUAUGCGAUUUCUUCAUACACAACUGAUCGUGAUUUAACUACGGUACUAUUGCAGUUGUUCUUGCAGAUCGAAAGGCUGAUGGCUUGUUAUGCAAUCACCAUUAUUGGGAAUGUGAAAAUUGUGGAUCUUUGUGCAUGAAUGACGUUGUCUGAAAAGAAAAGUGAUAAUUUGGGGUUUGAAUGACAAAGUUGGUGAGAAUCUUACAUGUAAUAGACAGUUCCAGGAGAAAUAGAUAAUCAAAUGGGUUGUACAUUUAUUUGAUGUGAAUUGUAGAGUGCCAAGUACUCAAUGUGUAACAGUUGUGCUUGCAUGUUGUGGUGCACUGUGACGGUAUGUUCACAAGUUGUUUUUGAAGUUAUAUUGACCCUAGUUUUAGAGGUUGCACACGCGACCACGAUUGGCUUGCUUUGUGGGGGAAUACUGUUGUUGACGUCUUGAAAAUAGUUAACAUUUUGUAGGAGGUGAAAAAUUCCGAUAAAAAUAUUGCCUAAAAAAAUGGUUAUGAUAUGUUAAAACUGGUUUCUGUCAGUGGUGCGUGCAAAUUCCCUAACAGUGUUUGUAUGUUGUGCUGAGAUAGCUCUUGACAAACAAUUAGUGAUGUAAAAGCUCUUCAGUAUAAUGUUAUUUAAAGGACCACUCCGUUUAUUAAAAAAUUUGAAAAUUUCCAAUCAGGUAAAUAAUAUGCACUGAAUAUGAAUUUUUGACAUCAUGUAGACAGUAAAAAAAAACAAAACAAGUUAUAGCAAAUUUUCAUGCAUAACGGCAUUCCAGAAUUGUGUGUGUCUAUUUUCCUGAACAAGCACUAAAUCCAAUGAACUUGAACAGCGUGCCCCUUAAGGGCAAUUUCAAAUAGACUAUUGGCCCUACCUAAUCAUUUUGACCUGUCUUAAAAUACUAGCCAAUGUAAUACUGUUAUGCUUCGUGAAACCAAAAUAGUGAUUUGAUUAUUGUGUUCUGUUGUAAUUUUGUCUUCUAGCUGUGAUAUUAUUCUAGUUCAUAUGCAUUCUGUGUACAUUCAGAUGUAUUUUUGUAUCUUAUAAAUUAUACCCAUCCUAGGAAUGUUAUCAAAAUCACUGCAUUGCGUGGAGAUCCAUGUACAGCCGAAAUAGGUUCAAUAAAACAACAAUUCAUGAGGGGUCA